AUGUUCGGUGACUUCCAAAAGAACGCUCCGGAAGAACGAAACGUCCGCUUUGGUGUCCGUGAACACGGAAUGGCCGCCAUUUGUAACGGCAUCGCCCUGCACAGUCCGGGAUUCAUCCCGUACUGUGCUACUUUCUUCGUUUUCACCGAUUACAUGAGAGGCGCUAUGCGCCUCUCAGCUUUAUCUGAAACCAGGGUCAUCUACGUGAUGACCCACGAUUCCAUCGGGCUGGGUGAGGAUGGCCCCACCCAUCAACCCAUUGAACACAUCGCCAGUUUCCGGGCGAUGCCUAAUAUUUUAAUGCUCCGACCGGCCGACGGAAACGAAACGGCCGGAGCAUACAAGGUCGCAGUAGAAAACCGUAAGCGACCGUCUGUGCUUGCCCUUUCGAGACAAAAGCUGCCCAACCUGCCCGGAACAUCAAUCGAAGGUGUAGCGAAAGGUGGUUAUAUUGUAUCCGAUGAUUCUUCGGGCAACACGCCCGAUGUUAUCUUGAUCGGAACCGGGUCCGAGCUUGAGAUUGCGGUUAAAGCUGCGGAUGAGCUUAGAAAGGAUGGGAAAUCGGUUAGGGUUGUGUCGUUUGUGUCCUGGGAGCUUUUUGAUGAACAAUCUAAUGAGUAUAAAGAGAGUGUACUUCCGGGUAGUGUCACGGGUCGGGUCAGUAUUGAAGCCGGGUCGACUUUUGGGUGGGAAAGAAUAGUUGGAAGCAAAGGGAAGGUGAUUGGGAUUGAUAAAUUUGGGGCAAGUGCACCUGCGGGAAAGAUAUAUAAGGAGUAUGGGAUAACAGUUGAAGCUGUUAUAGCAGCCGCUAAGGAAGUUUGUUAA